CAACUCUUCAGAAAUCCCUGCUCAGUCCUGCCCCCAACACCACUGCCUCUGACGAGAAAAUUGGGAGCAUGCAGUCAUCAGCUGUGGAAACUUUGCUUGUUGGAUUAAUUAGCCCUGCUCAGAUUGAGGGCUUGUUAAUUGUGUUUAGCAAAAUGUUAGCGUGCUUGUUUCUGGAGCUAGUGUAUCAUUGCACUGCAUUGCCAUCAAAACAUACCAACGGAAUCAGACGUGGCAUGUUGUACCAGUGAAGUAGGCAUGUCACUCGUCUCUUCCUAAGGCAUUUUUGCUGUUGUGAAGUGCACGUGGUGCUAUGAAGUCUGUCACACGUUUGCUGACCAUGGAACGCUGCUGAUACUGAGGGCCUGAUUACUCACCUCUGUGUUCCCCUAUAGAAGACCAGUUGCUGACCUGAUCCAGGUUGCCUCUCAGACUACUUUUGACUGCACUGGACAGUAGCAACACAUUGAAUUUGACAUGAUUCUUCCCAGUUGUACUGCUGCAGAUGGAAUUCUGAGUACGGAGAAUGAAAAUUGAUAGGACUUGUUGGUGUUCCUUUUGAUAUUGCCUGGCAAAUCUCUGAUCAGCAGCAAAGGCGACCUGCAAACAAAAAGAAGUAAAAGCCAUUAACCUACCUUGUUCAGAGAGAACACUGAAUCAAAACAAUAUGGCACAGCAUAGUCUUGUCCUUGGAUUAUUCAUGAUGACUGUUUUAUCACUGUUGGAUGGAAGUUCAGCUUUCCUGUUAAAUCAGCGUCUGAAGGGAAGAUUUCAAAGAGACCGUAGAAACAUCCGCCCAAACAUCAUCCUUGUUCUUACUGAUGAUCAGGAUGUAGAACUUGGGUCUAUGCAAGUGAUGAAUAAAACAAGGCGGAUCAUGGAACACGGAGGUGCUCAUUUCAUCAAUGCCUUCGUGACAACACCCAUGUGUUGCCCAUCUCGCUCCUCUAUUCUGACGGGGAAGUACGUCCACAACCACAACACUUACACUAACAAUGAGAACUGCUCUUCUCCAUCCUGGCAGGCUCAGCAUGAAAUACGUACGUUCGCCGUGUACCUCAAUAACACAGGAUACAGGACAGCUUUCUUUGGAAAGUACCUUAAUGAAUACAAUGGUUCCUAUGUGCCUCCUGGCUGGAAAGAAUGGGUUGGAUUACUUAAAAAUUCUCGAUUUUACAACUACACACUCUGUAGAAAUGGAGUGAAGGAGAAACAUGGAUUUGACUACUCCAGGGAUUAUCUAACUGAUCUGAUAACCAAUGACAGUAUUACAUUCUUCAGAAUCUCAAAGAAGAUGUAUCCUCACAGGCCUGUAUUGAUGGUUAUAAGCCAUGCUGCUCCUCAUGGACCUGAAGAUUCAGCUCCUCAGUAUUCACAUCUCUUUCCUAAUGCUUCGCAACACAUCACUCCUAGUUAUAACUAUGCUCCAAACCCAGACAAGCAUUGGAUAAUGAGGUAUACAGGUCCCAUGAAACCUAUACACAUGGAGUUCACUAACAUGUUGCAGAGAAAGCGCCUUCAAACACUCAUGUCUGUGGAUGACUCUAUGGAGAUGAUUUACAAUACAUUGGUUGAAACGGGUGAACUGGACAAUACGUAUAUAAUAUACACAGCAGACCAUGGCUAUCAUAUUGGUCAGUUUGGGCUGGUGAAAGGAAAGUCCAUGCCAUAUGAGUUUGAUAUCAGAGUUCCUUUCUAUGUCCGAGGGCCAAAUGUGGAGGCUGGGUCCUUGAAUCCUCACAUUGUGUUGAAUAUUGAUCUCGCACCUACAAUUCUAGAUAUUGCUGGAUUGGAUAUUCCGUCUGAUAUGGAUGGUAAAUCCAUUUUGAAACUUCUGGAUUCUGAGAGACCAGUGAAUAGGUUCCAUUUAAAGAAAAAGAUCAAAGUGUGGAGAGACUCAUUCCUAGUGGAGAGAGGUAAACUACUGCAUAAGAGAGAGAAUGAGAAGGUAGAUGCCCAGGAAGAAAACUUUCUGCCCAAAUACCAGCGUGUGAAAGACCUCUGUCAGAGAGCUGAGUAUCAAACAGCUUGUGAACAGCUUGGCCAGAAAUGGCAGUGCGUAGAAGACGCCAGCGGGAAGCUCAAGCUGCACAAGUGCAAGGGAAUGGCAAACUUAGCAGGUGCGGGCAACAGCAAAGGCACUUCCAAUCUUUUGCCCAAGUAUUACAACAGGAAUAGUGAAGACUGCAAUUGUGAAGAGAAUGAAUACAAGCUGAGCCAUGUCGGACGGAGAAAGAAGCUCUUCUCCAAGAAGAAAUACAAACCAAGCUAUGUCCGGAAUCGUUCUAUCCGCUCUGUAUCCGUCGAGCUGAAUGGAGCCAUUUAUAACUUGGGUUUAGAGGACGGAUACCAACCUGUCUUACCAAGAAACAUCACCAAGCGACACAAGAUGCAGAGGGCUGUUCCUCAUGAGGAGGAAGAUAAAGACAUGGCAGAAUACAGUGGUACCGGUGGCAUUGCCGAAUAUACAGCCCCUAAUCUAAUAAAAGUUACUCACAGGUGCUAUAUCCUGGAGAAUGACACCGUUCAGUGUGACACAGAUCUGUACAGGUCACUACAAGCUUGGAAGGACCAUAAACUUCAUAUUGACCAUGAGAUUGAAACUUUGCAAAAUAAAAUAAAAAAUCUGAGGGAGGUGAGAGGUCAUCUGAAGAAGAAGAGACCUGAGGAGUGUGAUUGUAACAAGAUAAGUUACCAUUCAAAACACAAAAGCAAACUGAGGCACAAGGGAUCUAAUCUUCAUCCUUUCAAGAAAGCCCUACAGGAGAAAGACAGGCUGUGGCUGCUUAGAGAGCAAAGGAGAAAGAAGAAACUGCGCAAACUGCUUAAGAGAAUAAAAAAUAACGACACUUGCAGCAUGCCUGGUCUGACCUGCUUCACCCAUGACAACCAGCACUGGCAAACUGCUCCCCUGUGGACACUGGGUCCUUUCUGUGCUUGUACCAGUGCCAACAACAACACAUACUGGUGUUUGAGGACAAUCAACGAGACUCACAACUUUCUGUUUUGUGAAUUUGCUACUGGAUUUCUGGAGUAUUUUGAUCUCAACACUGAUCCAUAUCAGCUAAUUAAUGCAGUGAACACGCUAGAUAGAGAAGUUCUCAAUCAACUGCACAUCCAGCUGAUGGAACUAAGAAGCUGCAAAGGGUAUAAACAAUGCAAUCCAAGAACUAGGAAUAUGGAUCUGGGACUUAAAGAUGGAAGCUACGAGCAGUACAGGCAGUUUCAGCGUCGAAAGUGGCCAGAUGUGAAGAGACCAUCAUCUUCUAAGUCACUAGGCCAACUGUGGGAAGGAUGGGAGGGCUAACCUCCCCACCUGCUGGACCUCAGUGAGGAUAUAAACUGGCCAGAACUUGAAUUCAUGUACAGACUAUGUGAAAAUGUGUAUGAUUUCAGAAAGAAUUAUGUUAGCCUGGAGGACUGGAUGAACUUUGAGGCCAAAAUAGAUCAGAGUGUUUGCACUGGUGAGUGAAUUAAGUAGAUAAAGUGAAAUUAUGGAACUCCUGUCAGGAAUACAGGUCUCUUUGAAAUCCACUAUUGUACCUGCUUUUUGCUUUGGAUUAUACCUCACCUGCUUCACAAAGCAUUUUAUGUCAAGAAGACACCACUAACACUGUUCCAGGAAUUGACAGAAGAGGAAAUACAGCUGCAUCCCAAAGAGGAUUGCCAUCCCCGUGGGCAAAGUGUACACAAAGACAGUGGAAGUAAAUCUACAACAUUUUUCAGUUCAGCUAUACCUUUGGAUGGCACAAGGGAAAAUUUCAAAGCCAAGUAUUUCUAAAGCAAGAUACAGAAAACAUGGAUGCUUUUGCUUCCAACUGGGGUAAAGGUAAUGGUGGAAAAGAACUUUUAAGAGAUUCAGGAAUUCAAGUGAGCAGCACUGAAUAUUCUCAACAGAAUGGUAUUUCUCAAAUUUCCUCUGAGGGUAUGUUUUAGUUCCAUGUCUACUUGUCUGUCCUAUUGACAACUCUAGGAAAAUUAGAGAAAUCUUAACUAACAGAUGUCAGACUUUUGGAGGGGUUGUGUAAAUAUUGAUCAAUAUACUGUUUAAAAAUAAAUUCUUUCAGGUUGUGAAGAAUUUUGUUAAUAAAAGUGUGGAAUGCCCACAUACCAUUUCUCAAAAUGUUACUUAAUGUUGCAUAGCACAUUUCAGAAUUCAUCCAUUUUUUAAAGUACUGAAAAAAUUCAGUAAAUGUACAUCUUACAUUUUAAUGAAAUCAGAUUUGUAUUAUUUUUUUUGUGGGUAAUAUUAUAAUGUAUGUUUAAAACCAAAACAAUUCAUUUGAGAAAGCAACAUUGGCUUAGUAGUGCAACUCUUACUUAUUUUUAAAAGGCUGCUCUGAGAAGUUCAAUAAUCACAACCAAUAAACAAAGAUCUAGUUGUAGACAGUCUACAGAAAAGUAGAUGAUCUGAAUGAGGGUCACUGUUUAAAAGCUUUUAAAGGAAAGAAAACAUGACUUAACUAAGGAAGCACAGUGUAGAGUCUAUUUGAGUAUCUUCAUAAAGAUGUUAUUAAAUACAUUGUAGUACAGUCACUAGCAGUGAUAAUUUAUCACUUUUUCCAUGUUAACCUGCUACCUGUUUUAAAGCUGCAUGUGAGAGGAAGCUCGUGAUAGACUCAACCAACUGUGGCCUUGACUCUUAACAACAAGAGGUACAUUUUUUGCAAAAUACAAACUUAACUUGCACUUCACAAUAGAAAAACAUUUUUGCUGCUUUCCUGGGGAAAGUAUUCGCUGUCUACCUUUACCCACGUCAGUAUGCAGAAAGAAUACUUACUAGGUUAGAUGAAAAAAGUUUCCACUUACCUUUUUUUUUGCAUUCAGCCUAUAAGCUUUGAACAGAGGAUGAGACUAUCAGACUCCUGCAUGGCCAGUAUUAUUGCUCCAGUUGCAUAUCAGAUAGAAGCUUGAAAAGUUAACCAUUUCCCUUUAUGCACAUACAAAAUAAGGAGCUGUAAGAUUUGCACAUUGUUUAAGUAGCAGCUGUUACUUUCUAAAGGCAAUUUUUUGCUGAGUUAGGGGGAAAGCUGCCACUUCUCCUCCUUUCAGCUCUGCUAAAGAAUGCUAUUUAAGUUGAAUAAGACAAAAAUUCCAGUCAGUAUUGAUGCAGCUUUGCUAAACUGGUCUCACAGGCAGAAGGUCUAAGGCAUUACUCCCUUGGCUUUUACAGCCAGCUGGAAAAUAAAAUAAUUUGCUAUACAUAGCUUUCCACAGUAACAGCUGUAGCAAUUGUGUAAUAGUAGUGGAUUUCCUCUGACCUUACCAGGAUGUAGCUAGCAGCCUCGAAGUAUUAGAAGGCUAAUACACUAUGUCACCAAGUUCUGAUUUUAAAUAGAAACCUUUAUUUACAUUAUUAUUAACAUCCAAACACAAAAAUCAGAAGAGCAGUAAUACCUUACAACCAACUCUUUUAUAAAUCAGUCCCCAAGGUUUUUCUGUUUUUCAACAUAAAGAUACAGAUAUUUCAAGCAAUACUUAAUGUAAACUAAACUGAAAUGCAAUUCUCAAUACUGUAUGCCUUCUCCUGAGAAUUUUUUUUAAAUAUUGCUCUCAGAGUUACAUGGUUUCAUACUUGCUGUAUCAUUCAGUCACCUGGUAGUCUGCACAUAAAUUCAGAAAUAAAACGUGUGCUAAUUGGUACAACA